AUGAAGAACUUCUUCAACAGCUCCGACUCCGAAAAGCAUGAGGAGAAAGUAAAUGAUGAGAAGGUACAGAGUAUCUCUUAUUCACAGUCAAUUCUGUCACUACCGGACUUAGACCCAACACUUUCCAGACAUGCUAGUGAAUAUGAGGCAGAUCUUUCCAAGAUUCAGCCAGGUGUUGCAGGUGAGAAAGGUCACCAAUUGAAGAGGGACCUUAAGGCUCGUCAUAUUUCCAUGAUUGCUCUUGGUGGUUCUUUGGGUACCGGUCUUUUGAUUGGAACCGCAAAUUCUCUAGCUACUGCUGGUCCGGGAUCAGUCUUCAUCACAUAUAGUUUCGUCGGUCUCAUGGUGUUCUUCGUCAUGAGUGCCUUGGGUGAAAUGGCAACCUACAUCCCACUAGCUGGUGGUUUUACCGGUUACUCUGAUCGUUAUGCCCAUCCAGCCUUAGGUUUCGCCGUUGGUUACUCAUACUUGGCCAAAUAUUUGAUUGUCACUCCAAACCAAUUGGUUGCUGGGUCCCUAGUUAUGCAAUAUUGGGUCUCCCCCGAAAAGGUUAAUCCGGGCGUGUGGAUCACCAUCUUUUUGGUGUCUGUUGUUUUGAUCAACUUGUUUGGUGUCAAAUUUUUUGGUGAAUUGGAGUUCUGGUUGUCUUCUUUGAAAGUCAUUACGGUUCUCGGUUUGAUCAUUAUGCUCUUUGUCUUCAUGCUCGGAGGUGGUCCAGACCAUGAGCGUCUUGGUUUUAGAUACUGGACCAAUCCUGGUGCUUUUGCCCCAUGGAAGGGAAUUGCUUCUAUUCCUAAAGCCAAAUUCAUUGCCUUUGUUUCUUCUUUUGUUUACGCCGUUUUUGCCUAUUCAGGUACUGAGUUGGUGGGUGUUGUUGUGGCAGAGGCUUCCAGACCACGAAGAAACGUCCCAAGGGCUAUUAAACUGACAUUUUACAGAAUUUGUGUUUUCUACAUUCUAUCUGUCCUGUUGUUAGGAUGCUGUGUUGCCUAUAACGACGCAGAGUUAGUUGCCGCAAGAGCAAAGUCAACUUCAUCCAGUGCAUCUCCAUUCGUUGUUGCUAUCAAUGCACAAGGAAUUUCAGGUCUUCCUCAUUUGAUGAAUGCUUGUAUUUUGAUCUUCGUUUUCUCCGCUUGUAAUUCGGAUCUUUACAUUGCAACCAGAACUUUGUAUGGUCUUUCAGUCCAGAGAAAAGCUCCAAAGAUUCUUUCCAGAACUAAUAAAACAGGUGUUCCUUACCUGUCUUUGGCCGUUGCCUUCUGUUUCUCAUGCUUAGCCUACAUGGCCUGCUCUUCUGGUUCUGCUUCAAUUUUCGGUUAUUUCGUCAACGUCGUUUCCAUUAUGGGUUUGCUUACAUGGAUUUCUCUGCUAAUCACCCACAUUUGUUUCAUGAAUGCCAUGAAGGCUCAAGGUAUCCCCAGAAAAAGUCUUCCUUACAGAGCUCCUUUCCAGCCAUACGCUUCUUGGAUUACACUAUUUUUCUGCAUUCUUGUUGCUUUGAUCAAGAACUUCACAGUUUUCCUUAACGGAUUUAACUACAAGGACUUCAUUACCGGCUAUAUUGGAAUUCCUUACUAUUUCAUUUGUUUCUUUGGAUACAAGUUUAUCACUGGAGCAAAGCGUCACAAGUCUGCUGAAGUCGACUUGCUAACACACAAGGACGUCAUUGAUGCCGAAGAAGAGGAAUAUGCAUUUGCAGAGGCCGAACUUAAGGCAGAAAGAGGUAAUAAGAAAGACGCCCAGUGGCUGUACGACAGGAUUUUUGGAUGGAUUUUUUAA